AUGAACAAAAACGGAACAGCUAAAAUGAAUGAUAAUCAAAUUAGAGCAGAAGGUAGAAGGUUAUUUAAACGCUUCUAUAACAUUCCUGAUGGUGUUAAUCCUAAAACUCGAAGAAGUUAUUUAAAUGAAGCAAUAGAUGCAUAUGAAGGGUUUGACAUUUCAUCAGAAAGUGAGAGAUUAGCGAGAAUGUUAAACGUUAAUAUUGAUUUCUAUUAUUGUGAUCCUCAACCAGAAGACGUGGACAUAAAUAAGGUAGACUUUCCAUUAGUGGAAUCAAUAAUGAUAGAUCCAGAAUUUGAAACAGUAAAUAUUUUAUUAACACAGAGUCCAUGUGGAAAACUUCACGCUGACAGAAUUACAGACGUUGAAGCACUCACCGGUUAUAGAGUUUGCCCCUUUUGCAAAGAAGAGGUUUAUUCUAUCCGUGAUGAUCCAGAAAGGAAAAACCAAAGAAGAUUUUUAAAGCAUUGUGAGAAAUGUAAAGAAAAUAAUGGAAGAUUAAUUCAAGACGUUCAAUUGCAAAACACACAACAACCAUAUGCACCACAUAUCACGAAACAGAAGAUAUAUCAAUGGCUAUUAGCACAUAAUUUGCAGGAAUAUUAUCAACCGACAAGAUAUUAUAUUACUUUUGACUUCGAAACAUUAGAGACUAAAGAAGAAUUACAACUUUCUGAGUGUGCAACUUUGAACGCUUACUUAAAACCAUUCAUGGUAUCAUCAACGGUUAAAUUAAACGAUAAAACAUAUACGAGGAAUUUUUGCUUAACUUCGAGUGAUUCGUUCAUCUCUGAUUGGAUUGAGUUUUUAUUUUCAACCUGUUCAUUAGUUGCUAAAUCAAAUAUUGAACAAUAUGAAGAAUUAAUGAAGUCCCAUACAUUAAAUGAGAAACAAAAGGAAGCAAUGAAAGAGCUUUUAGAUGAAGAAUUUAAUAAAGUGAAUAUCAUUGGUUUUAAUUCGGGAAAGUUUGAUUUAAAUUUAAUUCUUCGUGAUUUAAACACUGCAAAAUGGAAAAUAAAAUCAAUGCUGGGUUCAUCUUCUCAAUUUAAGCAAAUCAUUGUAAAGAAAACAAACGUUCCAUAUGAAUUGAGAUUUAUUGACAUCAGAAAUUAUAUAGCGGGUGGAACAUUAGACCAAUUCACUCAAGAUUUCGGAAAUAAUAAAACACGUGUUAAAUCCUUUUUCCCUUAUCAAUUCAUCACAUGGGAGAAUUACGAAGAAGAAUUAUAUAAAGUGGAACCAUUCACUCAAGAUUCAUUUUAUUCAGCAUUAACUCAAGAAACUAUAUCAGAUA